AUGGAACUUUUGUGGCUGUACUCUCUUUGCCAGUGCAUCGUCUCAGUGGCCGUGAUAGUGGUGAGCGUGAGGUUAUGUAUGGCGGUCGGCGGCACAGCGGCCGACGUCCACGGCGGGAGCCAGGGCGCAAGUCCCCAGCACGGGAGCGUGUCUUACUGCCUUUGCCUGUGCCUGGGCUGGGUGGGCGCUAUAGGGGGCGCGCUGGAGAUCCCUGUCAUUGUCUUCCUUAACUCAAGGACCCCGCAGUGCUUGUACACCUGUAUCACUCUGGUGUGCUGCCCCCUGCUUGUGAGGCUGUUCACUAUGUGCCUGCUGGUGCUGCUCACGUUGGACUGCCACCUGCAGCACCACUGGCCCAGCAGGUACUCCAGUCUGGUGACCCGUCAGCGAGCCUUGUGUGUGGUCCUACUGUGCUGGAUGGCUACCAUUCUGACAUCAUUCGGCCAGUUCAUCAGCUCCGACAUCCUCGACAGGUGGGGUAGGAUGGGCCAAGAUCAGGACACAGCUGACCUCGGGUUGGACAGCAACUGGACCACACCUUUACCCAGUCUUACACCUCUCCCUAAAUAUCCCUAUGAGCGGAUGGUUAUUGGGAAGCACCUUCCGUAUGGAGGAUUCCUGUCGAAGUUUUACAUGGAGGACUUGCGUAAUUUCACUUAUGCUGAGAUUCAUAGUAGCCACUGGGGUGUUUGUGCCCCAGACACAAUCCUCAGCCCCCAGUUUUUGGUCUAUGUCCACGGGACAGCUGUAUUCAUGCUCCCCUUGCUUUUCUUGCUAUUUCUUUACCUCGAUCUGCAAUGCAAGAACGCCAAGCAGUUUAGUCAGUCAGACGCCCCUAAGUAUGAUUACCGGAGGCUCCGGUCUCUGGCUCUGUCUGUCUCCUUCUUAGUUCUGCUAUGCCUGCCACUCCAAAUCAGCCACGCUGUCUUGCUCUUCACCCCCAGUGCCACCCUCCCCUCCUGGGUUCACGCCAUGGCCGUGUUCUUCUUUCAGUUGUACGGUCUCGUGCCCCAGGUUCUCUUCACUCCCCCUGGGAAACGAGAGAGUGUUAAGCGGGCAGCAUUAGCGCUCUCUGCUCAUCUUCCGGAGGUGUCGCUUUCCACAGGGAAGUCUGUCCAUAAGGCCUUGUGUGAGGUGGCCAACGCUGCUUCAUGGGCCUCGGCCAAAAACUCCCUGAAAGCAAAAGUGUACCCAGAGGUCUGA